GCCCACAUUUCAGCAGCUGAGUUCUCGAACUGAGCGUAUAGCUCUGCUAGACCUCAGAUCCUCUUUGGGUUUGAGGAGCAGGGACUGGCCCUUAAAAUCUGACCCAUGUCUUAACUGGAACGGUAUAGAAUGUCUUAAUGGUCGAGUUAUUGGGGUCAAUGUUUCUGGGUUUCGAAGAACUCGAAUUGGCAGCCAAAACCCACGAUUUGUUGUUGAUGCUUUAGCUAAUUUGACUCUUCUUCAGUCUUUUAAUGCUUCUAAUUUCUUGCUUCCGGGUCUAAUUCCUGACUGGUUUGGUUCGAGGCUCAGGUCUCUGCAAGUGCUUGAUCUUCGUUCUUGUUCUGUUCUUGGUCCUAUUCCAUUGGGUCUUGGAAAUUUAGGAAAUCUGACCACUUUAUAUUUGUCCAAUAACAAGCUUAACGGGACGAUUCCUUCAAGUAUUGGUCAACUUGUUCAACUUUCAGUGCUUGAUCUUUCACAUAAUGAGCUCUCUGGAUCUAUUCCUUUGUCAUUUUCAUCUCUGGGGAACCUUUCUUUCCUAGACCUUUCUUCAAAUCGUUUAGAUGGGUCAAUUCCUCCCCUCAUUGGGUCCAUCAGGCAGCUUCAGAAUUUGAACCUUUCCAGCAAUAAUAUCACUUCUUCAUUGCCUGCUUCACUUGGGGACCUGGAGAAACUGGUAGACCUUGAUCUCAGUUUCAACUCUUUGUCCGGGCCGCUACCGCAGGAUUUGAGGAGCAUGAGCAGCCUGGUGAGAAUGGUGGUCGGGAACAAUUUACUUGGUGGGUCAUUGCCUGAAGAUUUGUUUCCUCGUCUUAGGCAGUUGCAGGCAGUGGUUCUCAGAGAUAAUGGCUUUACUGGUGCAGUCCCCGAUGUGUUGUUCUUGACGCCUCAAUUGCGUCUUCUCGAUAUCUCUGGAAAUAAUUUCACUGGUAUGCUGCCUAAUUCAAGCUCAAACUCGAAUUCAACUGAUGGAACGUUGAAUAUAUCUCGAAACAUGUUUUACGGUAGCCUUACACCUGUGUUGAGAAGAUUCAAUGCUGUUGAUCUAUCUGGGAAUUAUUUUGAAGGCAUAGUUCCAAACUCUGUGCCAAUGACUGCAUCUCUUGAGAGUAAUUGUCUUCAAAAUGUAUCCAGUCAGAGGACACUGGAAGACUGCUCCUCAUUUUAUACUUCAAAAGGCCUUAGUUUUGAUAAUUUUGGCAAACCAAACUCUGAACAACCUCCUUUAGCAGAAAAGUCUGGCAAGAACAAUAGGAAGGUAAUCAUACUGGCCAGCGUAUUAGGCGGGGUUGGAUUUAUCGUCCUUCUGGUGUUCCUGAUAUUUCUACUGCUUCUAUAUAAAGGUGGCAAGAGUGCAUCAACGAAUCAAAGGGGAGUCAGUGUAGGACCGAUACCCCCUGCCAGUAGCGAUUCGCCUACAGGCCUAUCAAUUAACUUUGCAAGUUUAGGUGAUGCCUUUACAGAUAAACAGCUUCUUCAAUCUACUGGUGGCUUUAUUGAUGAGAACUUAAUCAAACUUGGCCACUCUGGUGAUCUAUUUCGCGGUGUCUUGGACAACGGGGCGAAUGUCGUUAUCAAAAAGAUCGAUUUACGAACAGUUAAAAAGGAAACGUACUUGGUGGAAUUAGAUUUCUUUAGCAAAGUGUCCCAUACAAGAUUGGUUCCCCUUUUGGGACACUGCCUGGAUAAUGAGCACGAGAAGUUCUUGGUUUACAAAUACAUGCCAAAUGGGGACUUGGCGAGUUCCUUGGUCAGAAAAACUAAUGUUGAUGAUGAAAACAUACAGUCGUUGGAUUGGAUAACAAGACUUAAAAUUGCAUUAGGAGCUGCAGAGGGUCUUGCUUAUCUGCAUCAUGAAUGUUCUCCACCGCUCGUCCACAGAGAUGUUCAAGCUAGUAGUAUACUUCUUGACGAUAAAUUCGAAGUGCGACUCGGUAGCUUGAGUGAAGUUUGUGCCCAGGAAGGGGACGGCCACCAGAAUCGGAUUUCCAGGCUGCUUCGGUUGCCACAGUCAUCCGAGCAAGGAUCUUCUGGGUCUCAGACAUCGGUAUGCUCUUAUGAUGUGUACUGCUUUGGGAAGGUGUUGUUAGAGCUAGUGACUGGCAAGGUGGGCAUUAGUGCCACCCCAGAUACCCAAUUGAAGGAAUUUUAUGAUCAAACAUUUCCAUUCAUCAGCAUCCACGACAAAGAAUCGGUGGGCAAAAUCGUCGAUCCGAACCUGAUUGUGGAUGAAGAUUUCAUGGAGGAAGUCUGGGCGAUGGCUGUCGUUGCAAAGUCAUGCCUGAACCCAAAGCCUUCAAGACGACCCCAGAUGAGAUACAUCCUAAAGGCUUUGGAGAAUCCAAUGAAGGUAGUGAGAGAAGAAAGUUCGGGUUCCGCAAGGCUGCGAGCGACUUCUUCACGAAGCUGGAAUGCAGCUUUGUUCGGGAGCUGGCGACAGAGCCAAUCGGAUCUAACAGUUGUACCAGCUGCCACAAUGUCAAAGACAGCAGGAGGUAGCUUCAAACAGUCAGGAACUUCAGGCUCACAGGGAAGUGCGCAGAACAACAG